GUUCUGUUUCCAACAGAAGCCAAUCAAAUGAGGGAGAUGAGCCAGGAGGAAAACCCUGCCGGAGGAGCAGAAGAUCAAAGGGGCUGCAUUGGGAAAGAAGAGGCUCUUCUGCCUUGUGUUGCAGGUGAUACAAAGAUGGAAGCUGUUAACCCUGGAAAAGAGAGGAUUCCUAGAGAUCCAGAGACCUGCGACAUCCCUUUCUACGUGUCUGAAUUUGUGGAAAAGGAGGUUGGAAAUGAUUAUGACUCUUUAAGCAAGCUUGGCAGACUUAUUGAAAAGCUGUCGGAAAAUAAACUAAAAUUAGAAGAACAGGUGCUUACAGUUUCAUCUGAAGUUCCAAAAAGAAUUCAGAAGGCCUUACAGAAUGCAGAAAACUCUAAGAAGUCUCUCAACCAGCUUCUCAAGGAUGAAAGACUUUUGCAUGAUUCAAUUAACAAUCACCUGUUGAUGUCCAAGCCAUGGAUGGAGAAUCUUGGUGUAUUAAUAAGUCAGAUAAAAGAAGUUGAACGACAUCUUGCCUAUUUAAAAUGGAUUUCACAAAUAGAGGAAUUAAGUGACAACAUUCAGCAGUAUCUCAUGACCAACAAUGUGCCUGAGGCCGCAACUACAUUGGCCUCCAUGGCCGAACUGGACAUCAAGCUUCAGGAGUCAUCUUGUUCUCAUCUUCUUACUUUUUUCCGAUCUACAGUUCAGUUCUGGCAUAAAAUUCUGAAAGAUAAACUGUCCAGUGAUUUUGAGGAGGCUUUAGCUCACCUUCAUUGGCCAUUUCUUGGUCCAGCACAAUCCCAGCCUUUUGGUUUGGCUACAUCAACAGCCAGUGCACAAGAAGCAUAUGAUAACUUGGAGACACUGUUUUCUCAACUUCUGAAACUACAAACUUCAGAUGAACUGUUAACCAAACCAAAGGAGCUUCCAGAAAAGUACACUCUGCCUCCCUCUCCACCUGUCAUACUGCCUAUACAGAUUAUGCUGGCUCCUCUUCAGAAAAGAUUCAAGUAUCAUUUUUCAGGGAACAGACAAACAAAUGUUUUAAGCAAGCCUGAAUGGUACCUAACACAGGUGCUUAUGUGGAUUGGAAACCAUGCUAAGUUUCUUGAAGACAAAAUCCAGCCAAUAUUGGACAAAGCAGGCUUUCCGGUGAAUGCAAGGCUGGAAUUUUCCCGCGCUUUGGUGAUGUUGAUCCUGGAGAAGCUGGCUGCUGAUAUUCCCUGUUUGUUGUAUGAUGACAACCUCUUCUGUCAUCUGGUGGACGAGGUGCUUCUGUUUGAGAGAGAGCUACACACUGCUCAUGGCUAUCUCAGCAGCUUUCCCAGCUGUAUGCACAUUUUAUCAGAAGAAACCUGUUUUCAAAGAUGGUUAACUGUGGAAAGAAAAUUUGCUCUUCAAAAGAUGGACUCCAUGCUUUCAUCUGAAGCUGCUUGGAUAUCACAAUAUAAAGAUAUCACCGAUGUAGAUGAAAUGAAAGUCCCAGACUGUGCUGAAACUUUUAUGACUUUGUUACUGGUCAUCACAGACAGGUAUAAGAACCUUCCUACAGCUGCUAGAAAGCUACAGUUCCUAGAGCUGCAAAAAGAUUUGGUGGAUGACUUCAGGAUACGACUAACUCAAGUUAUGAAGGAAGAAAGCAGAGCACCUUUAGCCUUCCGGUACUGUGCAAUCCUAAAUGCUGUUAACUACAUAGCAACAGUUCUAGCAGACUGGGCUGACAAUGUUUUCUUCCUGCAGCUUCAGCAGGCUGCCCUGGAAGUCUGCGCAGACAGCAGUACGCUAAGCAAGCUACAGCUAGGGCAGCUGGCUUCAAUGGAGACAUCCGUCUUUGAUGACAUGAUUAACCUGCUUGAGCGGCUGAAAAAUGACAUGCUGACCCGUCAAGAAGACCAUGUCUUCAGGGAGGUCAAAGAUGCUGCCAAAAUGUACAAAAAAGAACGGUGGCUCUCUUUACCAUCGCAGUCAGAACAGGCAGUAAUGUCUUUGUCAAGCAGCGCCUGUCCCCUGCUACUGACUUUAAGAGACCGACUGCUACAGCUAGAACAACAGCUUUGUUAUUCACUGUUCAAAGUCUUCUGGCAAAUGCUUGCAGAGAAAGUGGAUUUAUUCAUCUAUCAGGAAAUAAUUUUGGCCAAUCACUUCAAUGAAGGAGGAGCAGCACAACUCCAAUUUGACAUGACUAGGAAUCUUUUCCCUUUGUUUUCACAUUACUGCAAGCGGCCAGAAAAUUAUUUCAAACAUAUAAAGGAGGCCUGCAUUGUAUUGAACUUAAAUGUUGGCUCAGCCUUGCUUCUGAAAGAUGUGUUACAGUCAGCUACUGAAAACAGAUUGGGAACUGUCCUGAAUUCGCAUCAGCCUACUGCAGUGGCAGCAUUAAAUGAACUUGGAAUCUACAAAUUAGCUCAGCAGGAUGUUGAGAUUCUUCUUAAUUUGAGAACAAACUGGCCUAAUACUGGGAAAUAAGCACACACAGAAAAAUAACCAGAGAGAAUAAUGACUAUUGUAUUCUAUCAGACAAAGCCUUUUUGUAAUUAAUAUAUUUGUAAAAAGUAGCUGUAACUUUUUGAAUGUAACUCUUGCCAAUUUCCAUUGUAAAGGUACUUGUGGUUUUAAAGUAGGUGAACUCCAGCUGCCCAAUGAAAACUUUUAAUUACCUCUAGUUAGCAUUCAUAGGCCAGGAUGCUCUGUCAUGCUAGGUGGCAUGACAGAAUCCAUUUUCUCAAGUGAAGUUCCUCUGUGCGUUAGAGGACAAGGUAAAAUGGCGGCAGAGCCCCUUAAAAUGAUCCUAUAGAUAUAAAAGUUAAAUGUUUGAGAUGUCAUCAUAUGUAUGAGCUAAAGUUGGAUUACACUAUUUUUUGCUGUUUUGCUACUCCGAUUGCUCUGGUUCCUGCUAUAUUGUCUCCUCAGCUUCCCCCUUCCAAAAGCCUUUACACUUUUGGAUAAAUGCUGAGCCACCCAUUGCAGCAGGCAUGUUUGUUUGCAGUUAGGUCUGUUCUCAACAGCAGGGUCUGUGGUAGAAAACAUGGUCUGUAGCACACACUGUGAUUACUAGCCAUUCGCCACACGGACAAAGAACCUAACUACAUACAAGUCUGAUUCAGGUGGGUAGCUGUGUUGGUCUGAAGCAGCAGAACAAAGUUUGAGUCCAUUGGCACCUUCAAGACCAACAAAGUUUUAUUCUAGAUACAAGUCUGUUAUCUUAAACAGUAUUGCAUUGAAGAAGAGCAGAAGUGCUCAGUCUUCCUGCAAUAAUACCUGUGGUGUAAGUUUACAGAUGUGUAAAGAAAGGUAUGAAUAACAACUCUACAUUCCAUGUAAUUGACUGGUUGAUUAUGGUAAAACAGUUGUACUUGUAUGAUUUUGUAGGAAUUCUGCAUUAUUAUACAUGGAAAGAUGGAAUCCUUGUUUAACAUAGGGGGCAGACAGAUAUGGAGUGGUGUGAUUAAUAAGCAAGUAAAAACGUAGGCCCUGACGUGCCUAGCCCAAUCUCAUCAGAUCUUGAAAGAUAAACAGGGUUUGCCUUGCUCAGUAUUUGACAGGCAAUAGCAAACCCACCUCUGAACGGCUCUUGCCUUGAAAACCCUAUGGGGGUCGACAUAAACCAGCUCCAACUUGACGGCAAAAACCAAUGUGGAUCACUGAGCAUGCAUGACGGGGAAAACUUAACCAAACUGCUUCAUUUUAGCUGGAUUAUACCCAGGGAUUAUGACAAUUAAAAUAAUAUUUUGAAAUUACUUUUAUAAACAAAAUAUGAAACUCUACAUCUGCUGUAGAAUAGAACAGCUGGUGUACAAAAGGUCAUUUAUAUAAAUAUAAUUCUUGGUUCUUCAACAAUAUAAAUCGAAUUCUUGGUUCUUCAGCAAUAAGGUACCAGAGUUUUUAGAGCAGAACACUCACAAUUAAAAUGAUGCCCACAUUGCUGCAAAUUUUUUCAUCCUGCAGAAGGGAGACAAGAGCUAUAGUGAAUAUACAGAAACUAUGCUUACCCCUCAAAGAUUGUGGUUGCCUAAUUCUGUCUGCAAAUGAAUUUUCAACUGCUUUCUUAAAUGUUCUUUUAUUUCAACUGCAAAACUAUAGUUCCAUUAACUUUAAUGGGAUAGAUUUAAACAUGUGCUUAACUUUUCCACUAAACUGAAGGGGAUUCUAACACUGUACAUACAACAGUAAAACCAAAAGUAUUCCAACAACCUACUUUGAAGGACUGAGGAAUGUCCUUUCUGACCUGCUGCAUCUUCAAGAAAGGUUCUGAGCAAAAAAAGCUGGAACAAAGCAGAAGCCUCUCAGAGUACCCUGUCCUAAUCUUGGGGUCAGUUCACAUUUUUCUCUACAUUUUGGUCUUGUUUCUAUAUAUCCUCCCCGCCAGUCAAUGCAUGAAACAUACACUGUGUGCAAAUAAGGCAGUAGAACAUGGCAGGGCGUUGAGAGAAAAAAUGGCCAAGAAUAAAGAAGAUCUGGGAAAAACUUUACAUAGAGCCAGAAACUAGCAGGAAAAGAAUGGGCCUGCAAGAGAGAUGAGACAAGGCUAAACUAGUUCGUAGCAGUCCAUCACCCAGGUAUGUAGCUCUAGACUCUAGUAUAAGUGAAUAAUAGUUGGUCC